GUGCAACAAUCCACCACUAAUCUUGCAAUAGUUAUAAGUUCACCAACUAAACUACCCUUAUUGACUAUUUGGGACCUCUUCUCUAAUUUAUCCUUAGUUGUAUAUUGUAGUUUGAAACUUUGAUUUUCAUUUUCUCAUUUGCUACUGAGAAUUAGCAUUAACUUAGCCAACCAGAAGUAUGACAGAAAUCCUAUACACUCUUGCAGCUGAAAUCUUGAUGAAGUUGGGUUCCCUAGCAGCCCAUGAGCUUGGAUCAUUAUGGGGCCUUAAAGAUGAUCUUUCCAAGCUCAGAGAUACAGUUUCUGCCAUGGAAGCAGUAUUUCUUGACGUAGAGGAGAAGCAAGGGGAUAGCCGUGAGGUCAAAAAUUGGGUCCGGAAGCUCAGAGCUGUGUUUUUCGAGGCUGAUGACUUGUUGGAUGACUUCUACACAGAGAUUACUCGGCGUAAUUUGCUGAUGCAGAAAAACCCAUCAAAGAAAAUUUCUAUUUUCUUCUCGAAAUCAAAUCCUGUUCUGUAUAGUCUUGAGAUCCAUCAGCGUCUCAAGGUUAUUAGAAGGAAACUUGAAGCAAUUGAGAAAGACAAGCAUAUGUUGCACCUUGUUGAAAAGCAAGUAGUUGAUUUUGAGCUUCCAGAUAGGGAGACUCAUUCCUUUGUGAAUGUUGACGAAGUAAUCGGAAGGGAAGAUGAGAAAAGGGUAACCGUCGAUCGUCUACUAGAUGUUCGAGAAAAUGUUUGUGUGGUUCCUAUAAUUGGUAUUGGGGGACUUGGCAAAACAACACUUGCACAACUUGUUUAUAACGAGGACAGGGUUAAGAAACAUUUUGAUCUGAGAAUUUGGGUGUUCGUUUCGCAUAUUUUUAAUGUGAAACUCAUUGUGGAAAAGAUGAUAGAAUCUAUCACUGGUAUGAAACCUCAAAGCCUCCAUUUUGACAGGUUGCAAGACCAACUUAGAAAGGAAAUUGAUGGUAAGAAGUACCUCCUUGUUUUGGAUGAUAUGUGGAAUGAAAAUCGCGAAAUUUGGUUGAAAUUGCAGGAUCUUUUGAUUGGUGGUGCUAGAGGAAGUAAAGUAUUGGUGACCACUCGAUCAGGACUAGUUGCAGCAGCUAUGGGUACUGCUCCACCAUGUAAUCUAAAAGGUCUGCCUGAAGACAUGUCUUGGUCCCUGUUUAGUAAAUUAGCAUUUAAGCCCGGCGAAGAAAUAAAUUCAUCUCUAGUGGCAAUUGGAAAGGAAAUACUGAGAAAAUGUGCUGGUGUUCCUUUGGCAAUAAGGAUCUUAGGGAGCUUUUUGUAUUAUAAAGAGACUGAAGCUGAAUGGUUGUAUGUCAAAAAUCAUCAACUCACAGACAUGGCGGAAAGUGCAGACAUUGAAAUUUUGCCAAUUCUAAAGUUGAGUUAUGAUAAUCUUCCUAUACACUUGAAGCAUUGUUUCAGUUAUUGUUCAAUAUUCCAAAAGAAUCAGACCAUUAGCAAGAAAACCUUGAUUCAGUUAUGGAUAGCCCAAGGUUUUAUCAGAUCAAAUGAUGAGGAAAAUGAAUGUCAAGAGGAUGUUGGAGAACGUUACUUCAUGGGUUUGCUGAGAAGGUCCUUUUUUCAGGAUGUUAAAGAGCAUAGGUUGGGCGAUAUCAUCAGCUGCAAAAUGCAUGAUCUGAUUCAUGACCUAGCAAAAAUGGUUGCAGAGAAUGAGACUUUGAUGCUAACUUCUGCAGGAAAUAAAUCUAGUGUUAAUAUUUGCCAUUUGUCAGUUGGUCCUGUUCACGAUUCAGCAUGGGAGCUCCCUCACUCCUUGCUCAAAGAAAAAAAUUUACGCACGUUUUUAAUGCCAAUUGCAUCAAGGGAUUACCUGAAAUCGGGAAGAUUUAUUGGGUCCGAGAAACAAAGUAAAUCAGUUGUGGAUGCAGUUAUAUCGAAUUUCAGGAGCCUAAGAGUAUUGGAUCUACAUGGCUUGGGAAUCAAUGAAGUGCCAGGUUCUGUGAGCAUGUUGAAGCAUCUAAGGUACAUCGACCUAUCUGAGAAUAAUUUUGUGACACUUCCAAAAUCAAUGAGCAAACUGCUGAAUUUGCAAACUCUAAAGCUGUCUUAUUGUUUUGACCUUUGUGAACUGCCAGAAAAUAUUCACAAAAUGGUAAACAUCCGACAUCUAGAGCUUGAUGGUUGUUUGAAUUUGUCCAAAAUGCCAUGUGGGAUUGGACAAUUAACUGCUCUUAGGACUUUAUCGCAGUUUGUGAUAGGUCAAGAAACCUCUACGAGUUCUAAAGUCAAUGCAGUGUUAACCGACUUGAAUGGUCUUGUCAAGCUAAGAGGAAAAUUAACACUUAGAAAUUUGGGCUGCAUAGAGUGUUUAUGUCCUAAAAUUAAUGAUGCUGUUUUGAAGAACAAGGAAUACUUGCAAUCACUGAGAUUAGAAUGGACAUACGAAGCCGUCAAUGAUGAAUAUGAUGAGCUGUUAUUGGAAGGCCUUCAGCCACAUGAAAAUUUGAAGGUACUUUUCAUAGAAAGAUACGGAGGUCAAAGUUUCCCAAAAUGGAUGAUGGUUGGCUUGCACUCAUCACUACCAAAGUUAACAAAACUUACUCUGAAGAAUCUGAAAGUAUGCAAAAGUCUUCCACCAUUUGGGUGUCUUCCCUCUCUCCAAUCCCUUAAACUUGAAAAUUUGACCUUGCUAGAGUACAUUGAACAUACUUCCUAUGAUGGAUCUCAAUUUGGAAUGGAGCUACAAAAAGGAUCUGCAAUGUAUUUUCCAUCAUUGAAAGAAUUGAAACUCUGUAACUUGCCUUGCUUGAAAGGAUGGUGGAAAAAAGAAGUAAUGGCUGGUAGUGAAUCAUCGUCAUUUCCUAACCGGCUCCUACUUUCAUCAUUUCCUUCACUCUCCAAGCUGACCAUCCAAGAUUGCCUUAUGCUUGAGUUCAUGCCAAUUAAUCCACGUCUCGAGGAAUUGAACUUGAUCAGAGUUGGCAAUAAACUUUUGCAACAACUAAUGAUGCUUCUGGAAACAACAUUGUCUGCAAAUUGUUCAUCUUUCCUUGCUGUCUCAAAAUUGAAAUCAUUGUACAUUCUUGAUGUGAGAGAGUUAUUCCUUUUACCAGAGGGAUUGCAAAAUUUGAGUCGGCUUGACCACUUGGAAAUCAAUGGUUGUCCUAACCUAUUGAGUUUGCCAAUAGAAGGAAUGCGAGCGUUGAAUAUGCUCCGGUUUCUGCAUGUUCAUGACUGUGGGUUAACUUCUUUAUUUCAAGCUAUAAAGCAUCUCUACGCUCUUGAAACACUAGUGAUUAGCUCCUGCAAAGAGAUGAAUUUAUCAACUGACAAUGAUCAGGAAUAUCUGCAAUUUGAAGGCCUAAAAAGCCUCCAUACAGUAUACAUCCAAGAGAUACCGAAAUUGGUUCAUCUUCCAGUGUGGCUUCAGUAUCUUCCUUCUUUGCGGGCGUUGCAUAUAGAGAAGUGUUAUAGUUUACUGGACCUACCUGACUGGAUCAGUGAUCUAAAAUCGCUUCAUGCGCUUUUCAUCUACAAGUGCCCAAAAUUGACAUCAAUUCCUGCAGGAAUGGUUCACCUUACUUCCCUUGAAGAACUCCGAAUUCUCAUGUGCCCUAAUCUCUGGACAUGCUGUCAAAACGAACAAGGAGAGGACUGGCCUAAAAUAGCUCAUAUUCCAAAAGUUAUUGUGAAGUGAGGCUAAGAUAUGCAUAUUGUUGUGCUACCAUCUUAGAUGCAGUAAAUGCUUUCAGUUUACAUGCAGGUUAUUUUAGUCACCUCUGUAGUGGAAAAAAAGGCAGCGAGUUGUAGAUAUUUGAUCUUAUUCUAUUUGUCAGGUGAUACACAUAACUGUGAAGUCUCUUUUUAUGAUCUGCUGUCGCUUGAUAUUGUGGUCAACUAUUAUUUUCAGUAUAAGCUGAUAUUUUUUAAAGGGUAUUUCUGGUGAUUAUUGUGCUGAUCCCUUGUGACAGAAGUAACUCUUGGGUUAUACUAUAUCUUAGUUUGAUUGCGAUGAUAUUUUUAUCUCAAUUGGAUUUACUUAGAACCAUUGCAAGAAUUGAUUGAUAAACUUUUGUCUGUUCUUUUCAAGUUCUAUUUUUGUAUCAGAACUGUACAUUUUUCCCUGUCUGUGUUUCACCAGCAGGAUACAAAUAGUCUCUCUGCUGUUUGUUUAUGUCAAUCUUCAUUGUGUUCA